GCUAUUGUGCUCUACGAUCCCCACACGUUGGGAAAGUGUUUGUAUUUUUUGACAAUAACACAAGUUUCUAGUUUUAUAACGAGGAUAUAUUCAGGCAAGGGAAAAUGCCAUCGCUAAGCGGAAAGGCGGACGUUUUAUUCGAAGAUGAUGAUUUGCCUUAUGAGGAAGAAAUCAUCAGGAAUCCAUAUUCAGUCAAGUGCUGGAUGCGUUACAUUGAGCACAAGCAAAGUGCACAGAAAUCUGUGCUCAACAUGAUCUAUGAAAGAGCUUUAAAGGAGUUGCCUGGCAGUUACAAAUUGUGGUACAACUACCUGAGAGAGAGGAGAAAACAGGUGAAAGGAAAGUGCAUCACGGAUCCUGGAUACGAGGAGGUGAACAACUGUCACGAGAGAGCGCUUGUGUUUAUGCAUAAGAUGCCGAGGAUAUGGAUUGAUUAUUGUCAGUUCAUGGUGUCUCAGUGCAAAAUUACACGGAGCAGACGGACAUUCGAUAGAGCAUUAAGAGCUCUGCCCAUCACCCAGCAUCCUCGCAUCUGGCCUUUGUAUCUUCGCUUUGCCCGGAACCUGCCUCUACCAGAGACCGCUAUCCGUGUUUACCGCCGCUACUUGAAGUUGUCUCCUGAGAAUGCAGAGGAAUACAUUGAUUACUUGCGCUCGGUUGGACGCCUGGAUGAAGCCGCAUUACGUCUGGCUGCUGUGGUCAAUGAUGAAAACUUUGUUUCUAAAGAAGGAAAGUCCAAUUAUCAGUUGUGGCACGAGCUCUGUGAUCUCAUCUCACAAAACCCGGACAAGGUGACCUCGCUGAACGUGGGAGCGAUUAUCAGAGGAGGCCUCACUCGCUUCACUGACCAGCUGGGCAAACUCUGGUGCUCAAUGGCCGAUUACUACAUCCGCAGUGGCCACUUCGAGAAGGCUCGAGAUGUUUACGAAGAAGCCAUCCUAACAGUUGUGACCGUGCGAGACUUCACCCAAGUUUUCGACAGCUACGCGCAGUUUGAGGAGAGCAUGAUCGCUGCCAAAAUGGAGACCACAUCUGAACUAGGCCAGGAUGAAGACGAUGACAUUGACUUGGAGUUGCGGUUGGCUCGAUUUGAGUCUCUUAUAACUCGCCGGCCGCUUUUGUUAAACAGCGUGCUGCUGCGUCAAAACCCUCACAACGUUCACGAGUGGCACAAGAGAGUCAAACUCUAUGAGGGCCAGCCUCGACAGAUCAUCAACACGUACACGGAAGCUGUGCAAACAAUAGAUCCUAUGAAAGCCACUGGAAAGCCUCACAGUCUCUGGGUGUCCUUCGCCAAAUUCUACGAGGAUAAUGAACAGAUAGACGAUGCUCGCACUAUCUUCGAGAAGGCCACAAAGGUGAACUACAAGCAGGUGGAUGAUCUCGCUGCAGUGUGGUGUGAAUAUGGAGAGAUGGAGCUGAGACACGAGAACUACGACCAGGCUUUGAGAAUACUAAGGAAAGCUACAGCAAUUCCAGCGAGAAAAGCCGAGUAUUUUGAUUCAUCUGAGCCUGUGCAGAAUCGUGUGUAUAAAUCCCUGAAAGUGUGGUCCAUGCUUGCAGACUUGGAGGAAAGUCUUGGCACAUUCCAGUCCACAAAGGCAGUGUAUGACCGCAUCAUUGACCUCCGCAUCGCCACACCUCAGAUCAUCAUCAACUAUGCCAUGUUUCUUGAAGAGCACAACUACUUUGAGGAAAGCUUCAAGGCAUAUGAGCGUGGCAUUGCCCUCUUCAAGUGGCCUAAUGUUCAUGACAUCUGGAACACGUACCUCACUAAGUUCAUCGACCGCUAUGGAGGCAAGAAGCUGGAAAGAGCCCGAGAUCUGUUCGAGCAAGCCCUGGACGGGUGUCCAGCCAAAUAUGCCAAAACCAUCUACCUACUGUACGCCAAGCUGGAGGAGGAGUACGGUCUCGCUCGACACGCCAUGGCAGUGUAUGAGAGAGCCACUGCGGCAGUAGAGGCAGAGGAACGCCAUCAGAUGUUCAACAUCUACAUCAAACGCGCAGCAGAGAUCUACGGAGUCACACACACCAGAGCCAUCUAUCAGAAGGCCAUUGAGGUCCUGCCGGAUGAACAUGCCAGAGACAUGUGUCUGCGCUUCGCUGACAUGGAGAGCAAACUUGGGGAGAUCGACAGAGCCAGAGCCAUUUACUCUUACUGCUCCCAGAUCUGUGACCCGAGGGUGACCGCUCAUUUCUGGCAAACGUGGAAGGAGUUUGAGAUUCGUCACGGUAAUGAGGACACCAUCCGAGAGAUGCUGAGGAUUAAACGCAGCGUUCAGGCCACGUACAACACGCAGGUCAACUUCAUGUCCUCUCAGAUGCUCAAGGCCACCGGCAACGCUACUGGAACAGUGUCAGAUCUUGCUCCGGGGCAGAGUGGCGUGGACGACAUGAGGCUGCUGGAGCAGAAGGCCCAACAGCUGGCAGCGGAGGCUGAGCGAGACAAACCCAAACCUAAAGAAAAGAUUCUUUUCGUGAGGAGCGACACCUCUCGCAGUGAACUCGCUGAACUGGCCAAGCAGGCUAAUCCAGAUGAGAUCGACAUUGAUGAUGAUGAUGAUGAAGAUGAGGAUGCGGAGGACGCCGAGCCAGAGGAGGUGCAACUGGAGCAGAAAUCUGUCCCUACUGCUGUCUUUGGAGGACUGAAGGACGACUGAAUUCACAGAUCAUCACAAAAAAAAACACCCCGAGUCUGAUCUAAAUAACUAAAAAGCUGAAAAUGAACAGUAAUUCAUCCAAAUGUCAUUUUAGCAAUACCAACUUGUACCACGUGGUGUCACUCUUUACAACAUUUGUAAGCUUUUAUUUUUUUUAUCAUGACUUUGGGUGGAUAAAAUGUUAAAGUGCUUGUUUUCGCCCUCCUUGUCUACUGUAUAUUAAAUGAACAAUCUUCAUGCACA